GUGAUGCAGAUGUAUCUUCCAUUCUGUGGGAUUGCCAUAUCCAAUGCCCAGCUAUUUGCAGCUUCAAGGAAGGAAUAUGACAGAAGCAGGGCUUUACUGGAAGUAGUGAAUGACCUCUUUGAGGAACAGACUGACUUGGAGAAAAUUGUCAAGAAAAUUAUGCAUCGGGCCCAGACUCUGCUGAAGUGUGAACGGUGCUCAGUAUUACUUCUGGAAGAUAUCGAGUCACCGGUGGUGAAAUUUACAAAAUCCUUUGAGUUGUUAUCUCCAAAAUGCAGUGCUGAUACUGACAACAGUUUCAAAGACAGCAUGGAGAAAUCAUCGUCUUAUUCCGACUGGCUAAUAAAUAAUAGCAUUGCUGAACUCGUAGCUUCCACGGGUCUCCCAGUGAAUAUCAGUGAUGCCUAUCAGGAUCCUCGCUUUGAUGCUGAAGCUGACCAGAUUUCUGGCUUUCACAUAAGGUCUGUUCUCUGUGUUCCUAUAUGGAAUAGCAACCACCAAAUAAUCGGGGUAGCUCAAGUAUUGAACAGGCUUGAUGGGAAACCCUUUGACGAUGCCGACCAGCGACUGUUUGAAGCUUUCGUUAUUUUUUGUGGCCUGGGCAUCAACAACACAAUUAUGUAUGACCAAGUGAAGAAAUCCUGGGCAAAACAGUCUGUGGCUCUUGACGUGUUAUCUUAUCAUGCAACGUGUUCGAAGGCAGAAGUUGAUAAAUUUAAGGCAGCAAACAUCCCUCUGGUGUCAGAGCUUGGCAUUGAUGAUAUCCAUUUUGAUGACUUCUCGCUUGAUGUGGAUGCCAUGAUUACUGCAGCCCUGCGGAUGUUCAUGGAACUUGGAAUGGUUCAGAAAUUUAAAAUUGACUAUGAGACACUGUGUAGGUGGCUUUUGACAGUUAGGAAGAAUUAUCGAAUGGUUUUGUAUCACAACUGGAGGCAUGCUUUCAACGUCUGCCAGCUAAUGUUUGCCAUGUUAACUACUGCAGGAUUUCAGGACAUUCUGACUGAAAUUGAAAUUUUGGCUUUGAUUGUGGGAUGCUUAUGUCACGACCUUGACCACAGGGGAACCAACAAUGCCUUCCAAGCCAAGAGCGGAUCAGCCUUAGCUCAGCUCUACGGCACCUCUGCUACCUUGGAGCACCACCAUUUCAAUCAUGCUGUCAUGAUUCUCCAAAGUGAGGGUCACAACAUCUUUGCUAACUUGUCCUCUAAGGACUACAGUGACCUUAUGCAGCUUCUAAAGCAAUCGAUAUUGGCAACAGACCUCACUUUGUAUUUUGAGAGAAGGACUGAGUUUUUUGAACUUGUCAGUAAAGGUGGUUAUGAUUGGAAUAUAAAAAACCACCGCGAAAUACUUCGAUCAAUGCUAAUGACAGCCUGUGACCUUGGAGCUGUGACCAAACCGUGGGAGAUUUCAAGACAGGCAACUGAGCUGGUAACCAGUGAGUUCUUUGAACAAGGAGACAGAGAAAGAUCUGAACUCAAACUCACGCCUUCAGCCAUUUUUGAUCGGAACAGGAAAGAUGAACUACCCAGGUUGCAGCUCGAGUGGAUUGAUAGCAUCUGCAUGCCAUUAUAUGAGUGUCUAGUGAAGCUGAAUGUGAAACUGAAGCCUAUGCUGGACUCCGUGGCAGUAAAUAGAGGUAAAUGGGAGGAGCUGCACCAAAAAAGACUUCCUUCUCAGGCAGCAUCCUUGUCCUCCUUUUCCUCUAGCUUUACCAUGUCUCUCAAAGACAUAAAUUAA